UGGCGGUGGCGGAUGUCAGUUACUUACUAAAUUUAAUCAUUAAUGUCAACUGUCAAACGAGUAAACGAAACGACCGAUAUAAGUGCUGUUAUUGUUUACCAAACCUAUUAUUUGUGUUUCAUCCGUAGCCUAGCCUGACCGAAAAUUAACUAACAGUUAUGGCUCUCUUCAGGACUUUAUCUCUUAUAACAGUUGUGUCUGCGGUUUACUUUUUUCACGAAGGAUUUGGUAUUAAAUGCUGGGUUUGUCGAUCAGACUCCGAUCCUAAGUGUGGGGAUCCAUUUGAUAACUCUUCAGUACCCAUCAUAGAUUGUAAACAAGAGAAAGAUCUUGAGCAUAUUCCAGGAGUUCGCCCUACUAUGUGCAGGAAAAUUCGACAAAAAGUGAAUGGAGAGUGGCGAUACUUCAGAAGUUGCGCUUAUCUUGGAGAGCCUGGGAUACAGGGGGACGAGCGCUUCUGUUUGAUGCGCACAGGCACCUACAACAUCUGGAUGGAGUACUGCACCUGUAAUACUAAAGACGGCUGCAACACAGGUUCAUUGACAGCUCUCUCUUCUCUCGCAGCAUUUGUUUUUGUACUCGUUACAUUAUUUAGGUAGGCCUAAGCAAUAGAAAGUUACAAUCUAAUAUAAGUCUGAUUGUUGGCUUACGAGGUUGAACAAGUUAGGUUUCUUAAGUCUCAAAAGUAAUAAGUAGUGAUGGGCUGAUUCCAGAAUUGGUUGAUUCCAAAUCCGAUUCUAGAACAUUGGUUUUGAUUCUCAAUUUCGCACCUAAUACUGAUACCUUUAUAAAUACAUUUAAAAAAACAUAUGUACUUCUCUAUAUCCCUACAAAUAAAGGAGCAUGUUAUUGAUAUUUAAACUUUAAGAGUCCUUGUAGGCUAGCGGCCAUCUUGGAUAAUUUCCAACAGCUGGUGAAGAGUUAUCGUUUAAACAUAUUUUUCAAACACCAAAUUCAUUAUUAUUUAAAUAUCUAGUAUACUGUAAGAUUAGAAAAGUUUUGAAUUGUUCUCCAAGGGAGUCCAUGGAAGCUAACGGCCAUCUUGGAUUUGCCCGCCAUAAGAGCAAUAUUAAUUUAGUUAAUUUCAAACAGCCGCUGUAGAGUUAUUUAUAAAACGAUUACGAAUGUGAGCUAAUGAACAUGGAAUUAUUUAUAUUAGCUGACUUCAGAGUAUUCCAAAUUAACUAUGAUGUACCACUCUUUACAACCGUCAAUGCCAGUUGAGUUUUGCAUCAUAAUUAACCUUCUUUUUUAGAAUUGGUAUCAAGUACAAUAAAGCAAAGUUCGAGUACCAGCGAUUCUUUGAUACUGCUGGUAUAGGAGGUAUCGAGAACUGGGAUCGGCCCAUCCCUAGUAAUAAGGUUAUAUCUGAUUUCAAUAGAUUUUUAUUUCAAUUUUGAUUCCAAUUUUUUUGUAUAUACGGCGGCUAGUUUAAAAUCAGGACACUUAAAAUGUGGUUGAUUGAUUGUCCCUUAGUUGUCAUUAGCUGUAUGGGCUAUUAAUUAACAGCUGUGUCUAAGGAAUGUCGGCCUUAGUCACUAACAAGACUACAGGAUCGCGCCACUCAUCAUACACUCAUCUCCAUUCAUACUUGGCUUAAAAUACCUACUAUGUAUGGUCGCCAUUUCAUAAAAAAGUAUUUAAAGUACUUAUUGGUUUUACAUUUGCUUUCAUCUUUCAGGUCAAAGUUUUGACCAAUUUUAGAAUAAAAAUGAACGUAGUUGAGUCACCGGCAGAGUGCUCUGGAUGUAAAUUACUUAUUUCCAUCAUAUACGCAAUACCAAUAAUUAAAUCAAGCCGAACUGCAAGGGUAACUGAUGGUAAACGAAUGCAUCUUAUGCUUGUGUAAAUUACAUCUACUAUCACAGUAACAACUAAGGGGGAUAAAGAAAAUCUAACUCAGAACUUAGACUGCAGCCCAACUUGUGAGUGACUGAUUCAACUAGAUGUUCUUGAUAAUAAACUAGCUACAGGUGGUCUACAUAGAUCUGAUGUCUCCAUCUACCUGUAUCCAAAAUUUAAUGAUAGUAACUACCUAACUCAUCAAAAAUUAGUAAGUAUAUGUGGUUAAUUUGAAGUAUAUUUUAUUCAUGAAUCUCUCUUGAAAAAGCAGCUAUCCCUUGAUAUUUUUGCUAUUAUUAAUUAUUUUGCAAAGAACAAAGUGUGUUCAUGUUUAAUAUCAUAGGUGUUAGUAUUUAUUGAUAGAUAUUUAGUGGAUUUCAGAUCAACUUAGCUUUGGAUGUUUAGUCAGUCCAAUAUAGCAAAUCAUUGUAUUAAUAUGCUUAUGUCGAUAAUAAGCAGCAAUCAAUUAGCUGCUAUAUUAUUAAAUAUUCCGCCCAAUCUGUAUUUAAUCUGUGAGAUACUUAAAGAUAUUAUAAAUGUUAUUUAACUUUAUUUUACUAAGCUUUUAUGAAUGCACAAGUACAAACAGUUUGCCUUAUCAGCCAAAAAUAAUGUCUGAGUUUUGUCACAGAAAACAGACUACUAUAACCCAGAAUGCCAACCGCAUGGUAAAAAGCAUUAAGUGUUUUGAGAGAGCUUUGCCUGUCAAUUCGUAGGCAGCGCCACCAGCGUUGCUUUGCUGAGUGCGGUUGGCAUUCUUGGUUAUAGUAGUAUGUUUUCUGUGGUUUUGUACAGUUACUUUUAUUCCAUAGUUAACUGAAGCCAUGUUAUAUGUUGUGCUUAUUGCUGUAAAAUGUAGUUUAUAGCCAAUUUAUUGUUAGGAUUAAUUAUAUAAAAUCAUGUUUAUGGCAACAAGUUUUGAUCGUGUUAAGUAAUUAGACUUUAAACAAUAUAAUUUAUACUGAUUAACUGUUUUCCACUUUAACACGUUAAGUGCAGUCGCGGGAUGGCCGGGCCGUGGAAACUGUAAAUGUGCUGUGUGGUUGAGUCCACAAAAACGUUUAAAUUUAUUAGUUUCAUCCAAAUGAGAGGUAUAUUAUAGCAUGUACUGUCAGUUGUUGUGGACGUAGUUUUACAAGAAGGCAAUAGAUAGCAGUACUAAACAAAACUGCUAGCAGGCUCUCAGUAUUGCCAAAUGGAGGGAAAAAACAGGGGCAAAAAACCCAGAUACACCAUAAACAAAUAUUGCAAAAGAGGCGUUAAGUACAUUUUUGAGGUUAGGUUCCUUCCACGAUGCUUAACUACAGUAAUUCAAUUUCAGCAAUUCAAUUUUUUUUAGGAUUUGUUUAUUAUCCUAUUCCACUUCUCUAAAUCCAAGCCAAAACCACAUACUACAUUAAAUUUUGAACGGUCUCCUUCACUGAUAAAAUAGUCGGAUCUGGAAACGAAUCAUACUGAUUAAAGUAUAAAGUUGGCACAAUAAUCGGCAAUCGGACACAACAUUCCCCAGGCGAGGCUGAGCUCAGACUGAAGCAAGGUUGUUGGCAUUUGAGGAGUAUGACACUUCCUGCCCUGUCUCAAUAGUGCCGGUACCGCGAACUGGUGAGAAUUCCCACACUGCAUGCUUAACGUGUUAAACAUUAUUUCCUGUUAAUGUUAAAGGUUGAAUUUACCUUACAUAUGCUUCUACAUUUUUGCAUUGAAAGAAAAACUCACUCUCUGAAAUUCGCUUGUAAUUAACAAUAUUAACAUCCAUCUAAGUCAUUAAUAACACUUCUAAAGUACUGAUAAAUCCAAACAAACUACUGUACAAACCUAAACUGUUCAAAGAAGCAAUGAAUACUUUCUUAUAAACAAUGAAUAAUGAGGGACAGAAGGUUGAACGUCAUUAAUGAGCCAAGCAGUUGUUUUGAAUUUGUUUUGGGUGAACGAGAAUUGAAAAUAACUGUAACUUAUAAUACCUGAGAUUUGUUUAAAUCAACCUUUAAACACGAUUGGUAAACUAGAGAAGCAUAUGCAAGCUAAGGAAUACCUAUUUAACAAUGCUGUAAAUGUUACCAGAAGUAUAAUGGUUGGUACCUAAGACUCUUAUCUCAUGGAAUGUCAUAAUUUUUUUCUAAAACAGUUCUACUAUUUAUACACAGAUUUGUGUUUAGAGCUACAAAUAUUUCUCACAGUGCCUUUAUUACCUAAAUUGUUCUGAACUAAGAAUUUCAAUUUAGAGUGAGAUUUUUCAACAGAAUGUACAUUUUUUCCCAUUUGUGAUAGAACUAGCUUUUAUUCUGGAGUUUUAAGAAAUCCAAUCCACAUUAUUGUAAAACACAUUGAUGACAAUCUAGCAAAUUUAUACCUUUUCAUCUUUGUAAUUAAUUAUAUAGAUACAGAAUUUAAGCUUUAGAAAUACUUACAAAAUGAAGUAUACUAGGCUCUGUAUUUAUGCACAAGUUUUUCCACAAAACUAUAAUUAAUCAAUUGUUCAUUCUUAUUUAUUAGUGUUAUGUGAUCCAGCUGUAGUGUAAAUUUGAUUGUUAAAACUUCAUCACCAGCAAGGUAAUAAGUGUAUCAGGUAGGCUAGUAACAAGGUUGUGUCAACUAUGCACAAUUUUGAAUACUGAAAUAGUUGUAGCCUAUAGUAGAGACAGUGAAAUCAAUAUUUGGGGCCAUAUAUGCAAAUAAUCCGUCCACAUCACACACAAGUCAGUAUUUAUAUUGACUGUUUUAUUUUAUGAGAGUUAUAUAAAUAGUUAAUCAAAAUAUCUUACAUUAUAUUAGAUAAGCCUACCUUGAAAUAGGUAUUGCAUUAAUAUUUUUAAUCCAUCUUGAAUAGUUACAAUAGAUCAGCAAAGUGUUCAAAUUUACUGUAAUUGAAUUUGUAAGGAACUAGAUUUCUCUGUGAAGUGACUUUUCAAAAAAGUUAAAGUUAAGUUUUUGUCAAUUUAUAACUAAAUUUAUAAGGAUCGUAGUGGUACACUACUAUUAUAGCAUUGAGAUACUCACUACUUACUUAAAAUGUAAUAGAAAACUUAACAUGAGUACUACUCUUCAACAUUAUCCAUUUAAAUGGUGGAAAGCCAUGCUUAAAAUUGUUGAAAAAUUAAGACAGCAUUCCGUUAGUUAUUUUCAUUCCAAAUGUCGUUGUAUAAACAAUAAAGUUUGUGUUAACUGUCCAUGUGAAUAAAUGUAUGUUCUUUUUUACUUAUUUUUAAAGAGUAGUGUCAUUGACUAUACACAGAAUAGUGUAUAGUCAAUGGUAGUGUUUAAUCUGUCAUGUUAUUAUAUUAGUAUGUGUAAUUUUUAGUCGUUUAUUAGUAACAUUUAUUGUAAGACUUUGCCUUUUUGCAAGUUAAUUCUGUGCCUUUUGAUAAAAUUAUAUAACAUUUUUAGACUGCAUUUGAUAAGUUAUGUUGUAUAUUGAUAGUUGUGAUUAUAUUGUAAAAUAUGUGUACAGAAUGUCAAAUUUGUGUUUGUAAUUUUAAAAUAAAGUAAAACAUUUUCACUGCACAA